AUGGUCUAUCUCAAUGGCCAAGGUCUCCCAACAAACCUCACUCCGGAGGACUUUGCCCAAAUUCAGGACAUUCUGAGCAAUGCUUGGGCUUCGGCCACUCGGGACACGUAUGGCACGGGCCUUCUUGCCUUCCACAUCUUCUGCGACAAGAAAGCAAUCCCAGAAGUCCAGCGGGCCCUGGCAAGCCAAGUCCUCCUUGCAGCCUUUGUGGCUACCAUAGCAGGUGCCUAUGCUACCUCCACCAUCUGUAAUUACCUGGCCAGGGUCCGCAUAUGGCACAUUCUCCAUGGCAUGAGGCUAAGCAAACUCAACCUCAACACCCCACUCCACGUGGCAGUCUUCACUUGCCUAAUGACCACCUUCUACUCCAUGGCUCGAUUAGGGGAAUUCACACUCCCUAAUCUCUGCUCCUUGUCCUUUUCUCCCAUCACACACGUCACACCAGCUCAUGUAUCCUCCUCCAAAGACCGGAACAACCUCCGUGAAGAUGUCCUCUGGACUCAUCAGGAGGGCCCUACCGACCCAGAAGCAGCUCUCCUCAACCACUUCCGAGUCAACAACCCCCUGCCAAACACCCCCCUUUUUGCAUAUGCCCACAAGCAUUCCCACAAGGCCCUCACCAAGGCAAAAUUCCUCCAGUACCUGCUCCGGGGCCUUCCUUUUGAUGUAGUAAAGGUCCACAGUCACUGGUCAAGCGAUGCCUUCACCCUUUAUCUUCACAAACACUCUCAGAUUCUAGCCCUCUAUAUCCAAGCAGCUCCAGUGGUCCACAACCAAUUUGUCCGCUUAACUAUGCCCCCUGUCCGUUAA